AUGAACGCGGUUGAAGUUGCAGAUAGAUCUCCAUUGACCUUUGAACUUUGCUAUAAUUUCAAUGGAAUAUUUAUUGACCGCUUCGGAGUGAAAAUACUAACUGGAAGAAAACUCAAAACGCUGAAUUUAAAAAUAACCAAGACGAAUAUAGAUGAAGAUUAUUUUCGUGCCAGUGAUUUUCCAGAACGGCGUAGCGUUGUGCACGUCCAUAUCAGGCCUACAACAUACCGACAAAAUUAUAACAAGUUUUCAAUAAAGUCAACUUCAAACUUGUACUAUCUGACCAUGAUCACAUACAAGCCAGGCCAGUUUGAGUUAGUGAUCAAUCCAAUCGACUACAAAGUCUGUGCUUGUGCAGACAUCCAUAAAGCCAGACCGGCACAUCCAAUCUAUGCGAUCAUCUAUCCAGAAUGA